CUUUCUGUCCGCAAACUAGGAAGUUGUCGUGUUAUUUCGCCUCCUUCCUCCUUCCCUGCCCCUUCCUCCUCCUCUUCUUCCUCCUCCUCCUCUUCCUCCUCCUCUCGGGUCCGACUCCGCCGGGAUCUAGAGCGUGUCGGAGGCGUCGUGUGGCUGUGAAGCGGCUGUGAUCAUGUCCUGCUGCAGGAGCUGACGGUGAGGCUCUGCCCCCCCCACCCCCCUCCUACAGGUGGAAAAACACAUUUGAAAGUUGAGGAUCCUGCAGGAACUUUGUCCCAUGAUGCACUCUGCCCCCCGACUCGUGUCCCCUGCUGUGACCCCGGCGCUGGAGCUGGUUCUGGGUGAACGCCACGGCGCAGGGAGCCGGGAGGUCACGUGUUUGUGAUGCUCCAGGACCCCCGCGGCCCCCCCCACAUCCCCUUCCUGUUGGGAGCCGCCCGCCGGCUCGGCGCCGCCCCCUCGCGCUGCCGGGACCCGGUGCCGUCAUGAUUCGCAAGAGGAGCUCGCUGAUAUUCUGCGGCGCGUUCCUGUUCAUCACCUGGAACGCCAUCCUGGUCCUGCUGCUGUGGGGCCGCCCUCCGCCGGGCCCCCCGGGCCCCCCGGGCGAGGCCGGGGGGGAGGCCGGGGCCGGGGCGGCGGCGCGGCCCACCGACGGCGUGGUGGGAGACAUCCUCCGGGUGGCGGACAUGCUGGAGACGGAGCUCAAGGGGCAGAAGGAGAUCCUGCUGCAGAUCCGGAACCACCAGUCGCUGUGGGAGCCGGUGGCGGGCGACCUGGGGGCGCGGGGCGACGCCCCCCGCCGGCCCGCCAUCCCCAUCCUGGUCAUCGCCUGCAACCGGGUCACGGUGCGGCGCUGCGUGGACAAGCUGCUGCAGCACCGGCCCUCGGCGGAGCUGCACCCCAUCAUCGUGAGCCAGGACUGCGGCCACGCCGAGACGGCCGCCGUCAUCCGUUCCUACGGCGAGCAGGUGACCCACCUGCAGCAGCCCGACCUGGCGGACGUCGCCGUGCGGCCGGAGCACAAGAAGUUCCAGGGCUACUACAAGAUCUCCCGGCACUACCGCUGGGCCCUGAACCAGGUGUUCCGGACCCUGGGACACGCCGCCGUGAUCGUGGUGGAGGACGACCUGGAGGUGGCGCCAGACUUCUUCGAGUACUUCCGAGCGUUGCUGCCGCUGCUGAGGUCGGACCCCGCGCUCUGGUGCGCGUCGGCCUGGAACGACAACGGCAGGGACGGCUACGUGGACGCCAGCCGGCCGGACCUGCUGUACCGGACCGACUUCUUCCCGGGCCUGGGCUGGAUGCUGGUCCGGGAGGUGUGGGAGGAGCUGGAGCCCAAGUGGCCCGCCUCCUUCUGGGACGACUGGAUGCGGCAGCCGGAGCAGCGCCGCGGCCGCGCCUGCAUCCGGCCCGAGAUCUCGCGCACGCUGACGUUCGGCCGGCAGGGCGUCAGCCUGGGCCAGUUCUACGACAAGUACCUGCGCUACAUCAAGCUGAACACCGAGUUCGUGCCUUUCACCGAGAUGGACCUGAGCUACCUGGCGGAGGAGCCGUACAGGCAGCGCUUCGAGAGGGAGGUCUACGCCGCCCCCCUGGCCACCUAUCAGGACGUCAAGCAGGGUCAGCUGAGCGGGCCGGGCCCCUUCCGCCUGCAGUACUCCACCAAGGAGAGUUUCAAGAUGUUUGCCAAGAACCUGGGAAUCAUGGACGACUUGAAGUCCGGGGUGCCGAGGACCGGGUACCGGGGCGUGGUCAGCUUCCUGUCCAGGGGGCGGAGGAUCUACCUGGCUCCGCCCCCGGGGUGGACCCGCUACGACCCCAGCUGGAGCUGAUCGUGCACGGGGCCGCCGACGUAAAAGCAUUCCAGACCAAAGAUGAUUGUGGUCUAGUUCUUACUGUCCCCCCAGACCGGGUCCUCCCGGGACCCAGACCGGGUCCCCCCAGACCGGGUCCCCCCAGACCGGGUCCUCCCGGGCCGCUCGGAGCGGCGUUGCCAGUUCUUCUCAGGUCUUUCUCCGUUAUUCCAAACUAUCUCUCCCGAUGUGGUAAUCGAUUCCACUGGCUCCAAUUCAAAGAUCUAUUUUUAUAAGAUGCCAAACGUGCACAUCCAUUUGAUGCAGUCAGCGCACUCGCCUAAUUUGCCUUUUUUUUUGUUGUUGUCGUCGUCGUUGUUUAAAUUAUUUACAGCUUCUGGUAAUCUGUGACCAAAUACACCUGAGGAAAGGUGGGGUUCUUGUCCGUGGCCUUGGUGGGCGGGGAUUACUGCAGUACGACCUUUUCUUUGAUUCUCACUGUUCGUGUCUUAUUUGAAAAUCACUUCUUCCUGCCGCGUCAGGUCAUCUCUGUUUGAUUCUCUGAUGAUUUGAUCGUCCUGACAGUUUUGAUUCCUGGUAAAUCAUCGGGUUGUUUAUUUUUGAAAUAAAAAAAUGAUAAUA